AUGCCACCUCCAAAGAAUCAUACUCCAAAAAAUCCCAUCAAACUUUCUCGGCUUUUUUCUUCUAAAAUAGAGGCAAAAAUGGGGUCGAAAGGGUCCGUCUCAAUGAAGCUUUUGCUGCUUCUGCAUUUGACUGUUCUCUGUGUUUCACAGGAUUUUGAUUUCUUCUACUUUGUUCAGCAGUGGCCAGGAUCUUACUGUGACACGCAGAAUAGUUGUUGCUACCCAACAACUGGGAAACCCGCUGCAGAUUUUGGCAUUCAUGGCCUCUGGCCUAAUUACAAGGAUGGCUCUUACCCAUCUAACUGUGAUUCAAACAAUCCUUUCCAGCAGUCUCAGAUAUCGGAUUUGAGAAGCAGUUUGCAGAGAAAUUGGCCCACUCUAGCAUGCCCAAGUGGUAACGGGGUCCAAUUCUGGACCCACGAAUGGGAGAAACAUGGCACUUGCUCGGAGUCACUCCUGAAGCAACAUGACUAUUUUGAAGCAGCUCUCGAUCUCAAGCAGAGAGCCAACCUCCUCCGAGCUCUUACAAAUGCUGGGAUACAACCAGAUGGAGAGUUAUACAGUCUCAGCAGCAUCAAGGGGGCUAUAAAAGAUGCAAUUGGGUAUACUCCAUACAUCGAAUGCAAUGUGGACGCAUCACGUAACAGCCAGCUUUACCAAGUUUAUUUGUGUGUGGACACUUCAGGGUCUGGCUUCAUUGAAUGCCCUGUGUUCCCUAAAGGCAAAUGUGGGUCCCAAGUUGAGUUCCCAACUUUCUAG